AUGCAACUGGCGAUAUCACAAAACAAGAUACCGCAACCCUAUGACACGCUCAAGUCAGUCGCCGAAAUGGCCCCGCUGCUACCGCCCCUGAAGGCCGGAAAGCCCUGGCACCAGCGCCGCUACAGACAGACGCCCGCGAGAGUGAGCAGCUACUGGACCAAAGAGGAGGAGAGCAAAAUGAUGGGGAAGAUGUUCGAGAAGCCCGUGUGUGACGUGGACACGGGCAGAUAG